GUUUGCUAGAUCUGUACAGCAUUUCCAGCCUCUUCGAAGAGAGUGCAGAAAGCAUGUAAUGGGCACAGCCAGUCAAUCAUCUGAGGGCCAGAGAAAACAUCUGGUCAGAUGAGAGAUACCCAUAAGUUUGGAGGAAUGAAGUGUAGUUCAUUGCCUUAUAUGCUCAGAUAAUUUACAUGUCUUUCUUUGACAGACAAAUUCAGUCUGUCAAAGGCUGAUAAAUAAAUACAAGCCCAGUAUUAAAUUAAAUUAAAGGCAGAUGGGAUCAAAGAAUUGACAUCUUCUGUCUCCUAUCAGCUACUUUUUUCCUCCUCCGCUCACCAUUCAGGGAGAUCCUCCUGAUUAGAUUCCCCAAGAAGGACAUGCUUCAAAAUGCUACACUGGAUGAUGACUGGGAACUUCUUGACAGUGACUAUGGUUUGGCAGUGGAACCAAUUGGCUACAAAGGUAGUGAGGUCUCCUCUGGAUGUUUUCAAAGGAAAGAUGGACAGCUACCUGCUGAGUAUGCUCUAACUGGAGAUCCUGCACUGAGCAGGGGAUGGGAUCUGUUUGUCCAUAGGGCCACUUUCAACUCUAUGAAUCUAUGAAUACAAGGACACAUAUCGAAAGGGAGAAAUAUCACACAUGCCAGACGUGUCCUGAUGGCUGAGACAAACUCCUCGUCCCCUCAUCCUCUUGACGCAUUACAGAUGAAUGAGAUCCAAGUGGAGAGAGAUGAUUAUAGCUUCACAAUAUUAAGCUAUAUUAUUAUGCCCAUCACCAUUUUGGGUUUAAUCAGCAAUGGAGCUAUUUUCUGGUUUCUGUGUUGUAGAAUCAAAAGGACUAAAUAUACCGUGUAUGUCCUGAACCUUGCUAUUGCUGAUUUUACUGUACUUCUCGCUUUUGACUUGGUUUUUGUCUUCAGUUUUAUUAUGUGGAGCAAAUUAGUCUUUGAUGGAUACCUGUAUGAUGCACUUGAUAUUCUGUGUAUCUUUGGCUACAAUACCAGCUUUUUCAUGUUGACUGCAAUUAGUGUUGAGAGGUGUCUUGGUGCUUUUUGCCCAAUCAGAUACCACUUUAAUCGGCCGAAGCACCUCUCAACCAUAUUGUGCACUCUUCUAUGGGUUCUCUCCUGUGUGGUGACUGGAGUGGAAUAUUUCACCUGCUGGUCAGUAUUAACAACUGAAGUGCCUUAUAGAAAGUAUCCUGCCACAACCAUAUUCCUUGCCAUGGUUUUCUUGUUAUUUACUCCAGUUAUGGUCCUUUGCAGUGUGAGCCUAUUUAUCAAGAUACGGAGAAAUUCACAGGCAAUGUCUCAAGCACGACUUUAUCUUAUCAUUGUUAUCGCUGUUGUUCUGUUCCUCCUCUUUGCUUUGCCUUUCAGGAUAAUGUGUCUGAUUGUCUAUUGGUAUUCAAUAACAGAUAUAGAAUGGACUCUCCUUCAUUGUUCUUCCUUCCUUCACUUAAUCAACAGCAGUGCUGACCCUUUUGUUUACUUUCUUGUCGGAAAGUGGAGGCGUCGCGAGACACUCUAUGCUGUACUUUAUAGAUCCUGCAAGGACGAGGCAGAAGUGCCAGUUCCACAACACCUGGGCAAUGAACAAGAAGAGAGAUCAAAAUCCAUUGUCUUUAUCACACAAGACCAAAAGUUGGAGUCUUAACAGAA